AUGAAGACCCGGAAACAGAAAGACAGGAUUUGCAAUUCAGGCAGCAGAAUCACAGCAAGCAUGCUGUUGUCCUUCCUUGCCCUCGCACCCUCAAUCGCUACGGCCAACCUCCCCGCCGCCAUCGAUCCCUGGUACCCAGUACCGGUACCCAAAGAACCAGACACUCAUGACUUUACACUAAGACACAUUUUCCAUCGAGGCACCUACCGUGAUCCCAAUCUGCACAAACGAUACGAUUUCAGGCCGCAGGCGCCCGUCCUCCUCACCUACGAAGAAGACGAUGCCCAAACAUCUUCACUCGAACCGCCGCCACACUUCACCCUGCGUUCAGACUCUGUCGAGAUCGAACGGCUCAUCGAUCGGGAACCGUUGAGCAUUGAGAGACACCUCCAACAUGCACGCCUCACGGGCAGUCCGGCAGUCCUCGACACUUCGCUGUGGACACUGGACGAGGUCGAGGGUCCCAACAUCGUGCACAAGCCCACCGUGCUCAAUCUGGCCAUCAUGGCCGCCAACGCUUAUAACCCAGGCCCAGGCGAGGGAGAUUGGGAAGAUGUCAGCCAAGGCUAUAACCGAUCUACGCCAUUUGGCUGGGAGGGCGAUGGCUUGAGAGGUCAUAUAUUUGCCAACGAAGGCAAUGAAACAGUUAUCAUCAGUCUCAAGGGGACUUCUCCUGCCGUCUUUGACGGAGACGGAACUACGACCAAGGACAAACUGAAUGACAAUCUGUUCUUCUCCUGCUGUUGUGCCCAAGGUGGUUCAUACUUCUGGCAUCAAGUCUGUGACUGCCAGACAAGCACAUAUACUUGCAAUCGGACAUGCGUGGUGCAGGCCUUGAGACAAGAGAACCGGUACUAUCGAGCUGCAAUCGACUUAUACACCAAUGUCACGGAAUUAUACCCUGAUUCCAAUGUCUGGCUUGCGGGCCACUCUCUCGGUGGCGCGGUGACGAGUCUCCUCGGUCUCACAUUUGGUCUGCCUACCGUAACUUUCGAAGCUCCCGGCGAUGACCUCGCAGCCAAACGCCUCGGUCUCCCCACACCUCCAUCAUCAGAUCCGAACAGGCCACGCACGAAAUAUACAGGGGCAUACCACUUUGGAAACACUGCCGACCCUGUAUUCAUGGGCACCUGCAAUGGUGCCACAGCGACCUGUACUUUGGGCGGGUACGCUAUGGAGUCUCAAUGCCACACAGGAAAACAGUGCAUUUACGAUACUGUGAGUGACUACGGCUGGCGUGUGGGAAUAGGAAACCACAAGAUUCACAACGUCAUCGACAACGUGAUCAAGAUAUACCAGACUGUUCCCUCCUGUGAGCCAGACAAUGAAUGCGUGGAUUGUUUCAAUUGGAAAUUCUUUGAAAGCAAUGGCUCCGACUCGACGACGUCGACCCGGACCACUACCACAAGCUCCACGACGUACACGAGAACGAGCACAUGCAAAACCCCAGGCUGGUGGGGAUGCCUAGACGAGACUACGACGGCGAGCACGACAUCAACGGUACCGGUGGUAACCACCACCUACACCACGACGAGCUGCGUCACGCCAGGCUGGUUCGGAUGCAAGGACAGCGUCAAUAUCACGGUAACGACAACCACGCCCGCGCCAACGACAACUUCGCCGACCACGUCCGUUCCUGCUUCCGUCACUCACGACCCAUCAUCUUCUCCUUGCGAACACCCCGGGUGGUGGGGUUGCCGUGACCCUACUUCGGCGACUUCUAACCCAUCUCCGUCCUCAACGCUGUCGAAUCCAAUUGCUACAAGCACCGCUGCCCCGCACAAGAAGCACACGUGCAAGACGCCUGGUUAUUUCUGGGGCUGUUAUGAUACAUCCAAAUCCCAUCAUCGCCAUGCUACAAGCACCGCUGUAAAGGCUUCGACAACGACGGACAGCAUGAUCAGCGAAGCGCCAACGUUGAGCACAAGCACUAUCAGUGCAACAUCAACUCAAACGACUACCGAUGAUGGUACGAGGAGGGGGAGGAAAUGCAAAAAGCCAGUAUUCUUUGGCUUGAUCUGUUUGGAUGGAUAUGAGGACGAAUAUGUACCCGAACUAUGA